GCGCUGCCGCUAAUGAAAUGGGAUGACAAAUGCGACAUCCUGAAGACGCUGGACAAGAAUGCUGCGGCUGAAGAGCGCGCGCCCACAGGUUGGGCCGGCAGCGAGGACGAAGGGGCAGACGCAGGCGCGGAGCUGGGCGUGCCUUUGUUUUGGCAGGAAUGCAAGAACGAAGACCUUUUCGAGGCUUGGAUUAGCAACUACGGGAUCACCGAAGUGGUGGAUCUGUCGCCCGGCUCAGGGCGGCUGGCGUGCACUUGCCUCCGUUUGGGUUUGAAGUAUAUGGGCCUGUGCCUGAAUGGUACACACGUUUCUUGGAUGUCGAACAUCGUAGAUCGCAAGGCGUUGUCGUUGGCGGCGACUGAAGGCCACGCCUUGUGGAACGAGUCCUUGGCCGAGCUGAUCAAGGCCCACUUCAAGGAUGUCGUGGGCGAUGGCGAAGAUGAGCACGCAGGAAACGCAGGCGACCACGAAGAGCAGGAAGAAGAUGACGACCUCGAUGACGGGGCGAUGCCUCUUGAAGAUGACUCCUGA